AUGGCAGAUAUGAGUGGAGGAGGUGGCAGAGGUGGAGCAGGAGGUGGUGGAGGUUUUAUGCGACAAAUGUCAACAAUUCGACAUCGGCAAAGUCGAGUGGGUUCCACUGUGGGCGAGUCUACAGCUAGCACAGCUCACUCACAGCAUACUCUACUUCCAAGUGCAUCAAUACGAAGACCCUCUCAAGUUCAUCGUUUUCAUGGGGAAAUCGAAUUCACUGGCCUUAAUCAAACCGCUAGGUUCGCCAAGCUCUCCCCCCACAUGUCUGACAGUGCAAUUAGGGAUCUAUUGCAACGUCGAUGGGGCUUGAGGCCACCUACUCUAAUUAUCACCGUCUUCGGGACAGAUUUUGAAAAGAAACGAAAGCUCAAAAUGAUCUUCAAAAAGGGUCUCUGGAAAGCCGCCGAUAGUGGCUGCUGGAUAGUCACGGGUGGAUUUCAGUUGGGCAUAAUGAAAUUAGCAGGAGAGGCAGUGAGGGAUUACACGGACGCCUAUGGGGGCAAUCGUAUGAUCGCUUUCGGCGUUUCCAGUUGGGGAUGCGUCAAGAAGAACGACAUUCUUGAAGCCGCUCUUGAAGAAUUUCUCUAUCUUCAAACUCAAAAUAACUGA